AUGGCGUCUGCCAAAGAUAUCAAAUUGCCUGCGGAUCAUCUAGCCCAUCAAGUCUCCCGUAGUCUUGGUCUUUCAACAUCUCCCUCAGCUGCGUUCCAUUCACCACCAUCGAGUUUUGGAGCACCGAUCUCCCAUGGAUCUGCAAUUUCAGCUACGACAAAGCACCUGAAACCCUUUGCGACCGAAGAUGUUAAGAUUCUGCUCCUAGAAAACGUGAAUCAAACCGGCCGUGACAUUCUCGCGGGACAAGGAUACCAGGUCGAGUUUCUUAAGACUUCGCUGCCAGAGGACGAGCUCAUUGAAAAGAUUAGAGAUGUACAUGUUAUUGGUAUCAGGUCAAAGACAAAACUCACAGCGCGAGUCUUGAAAGAGGCACGCAACCUAAUUGUCAUAGGCUGCUUUUGCAUUGGAACAAACCAAGUGGACCUGAAGUAUGCCGCGGAUCAUGGAAUUGCUGUAUUUAAUUCCCCUUUUAGCAAUUCGCGAAGUGUCGCAGAAUUGGUCAUUGCGGAGAUUGUCGCUCUAGCCCGACAACUAGGUGAUCGCUCCAAUGAAAUGCACAAUGGCAUCUGGAAUAAAGUGAGCAAUAAGUGCUGGGAAAUUCGUGGGAAAACCCUUGGAAUCAUCGGAUAUGGCCACAUCGGGUCGCAACUGUCGGUUUUGGCAGAGGCAAUGGGAAUGUCAGUCAUAUAUUACGAUGUCGUGAAUUUGAUGGCAAUGGGCACAACUCGACAAGUCUCAACACUCGAGGACCUUCUACAUGAUGCUGAUUUCGUGACUUGUCACGUUCCAGAGCUACCAGAGACUGAGAACCUGAUUGGCCAACAGCAAUUUGAACAUAUGAAAACCGGGAGCUACUUGAUCAAUGCUAGCCGGGGGAGUGUGGUUGAUAUUCCAGCUUUGAUUCAAGCAAUGCGUUCGGGAAAAAUUGCUGGGGCGGCUCUGGAUGUUUAUCCAAAUGAGCCGGCUGGCAACGGAGACUACUUCCAGAAUGACCUAAAUACGUGGUGCACCGACCUUCGAGGAUUGAAAAAUAUCAUUUUGACCCCCCAUAUUGGCGGCAGUACCGAAGAAGCCCAGUGCGCAAUUGGCAUUGAAGUUAGCCAGGCCCUGGUCAAGUAUGUCAAUGAGGGUACUACUCUCGGAGCAGUCAAUUUGCCGGAGGUGGGUCUCCGGUCAUUGACUAUGGAUGAACCCAACCACGCCAGAGUUAUUUAUAUCCAUCAGAAUAUUCCCGGUGUGCUUCGAAAAGUGAAUGAAAUACUUGGCGACCAUAACGUAGACAAGCAGAUGACGGAUAGCAGAGACGAUGUUGCCUACCUGAUGGCUGAUAUUAGCGACGUGGAUACCGUAACAAUUAAAGAACUUUACGAGAGACUAGAAAGCCUUUCCUGUACGAUCGAUCUAUCAUCUCUUGAAAAGACUGGUACACUGACUCUUCUCCAGCACGAAUAA